AUGGAGAUCCUAGCGACCACCAGGAACACACCGGAGGCGUCCUCUUCAAACGCUACUAAUCAGGCGGAGUGGAGCUUGGAGAGUUUUCUCCAGCAUCACCCUGCAAAAUUCAAUGGGAAGUGCCUCCCUAACAAGGCUGAUCAGUGGUUGAGGGACAUGGAGAGAAUAUAUAAUGCCAAGAAGUGCCCGGACGACAAUCGCUUGGCAUUCACGGAGUAUCUGCUAACCGGGGAAGCAAGCCACUGGUGGACGAGCAUGAAGGCUAUAUUGACGGACGCUCACAGUCCCAUCUCUUGGGACGUUUUCAGAAGUAAGUUCUAUGAAGAGUUUUUCCCAGACAGCGUUCGUUUCGCCAAGGAAGUGGAGUUCCUUCAACUGGUGCAAGGCGGAAUGUCCGUUUCUGAGUAUACCAAUAAGUUCAAGCAUCUGGUCCGUUUCAAUACCAUGGCGACCAGCGAAGAGUGGCAGUGUCAGAAAUUUGAGAACGGGCUGAGGAGUGAAUUGAAGUUGCUGAUAUCCAGCCUAUGUAUUAAGUCGUUUCCUGCCAUGGUGGAGAGGACCAAGGUGUUGGAGAAGAAUGUGGCCGAAGUAGAACAACAGAAGAGGCAACAACAGGUGAUAAGGGGACCAGUGUCUGCUAGAAACAAUGUGAAUUUGAGAAGAGCGUCGUACGCUCGACCCGCGCAAACGUCAAAUUCUAGGGGGUCUCAAUCUGCAUUAGCUGUCGGACAGUCUGGACAGCAGGGGUCAGUGAAGUGUUUCCAGUGUGAGGGACCCCAUUACCGAUCAUCAUGUCCUCAGAUGGCGGGAGUAAAAUAUUGCACUCGCUGUAGAAGGAAUGGACACUUAGACAGCGAGUGUAACAUGGGUGGACGAGCGGCCAUGAGACCACCAAACGCUGGAAGAAUCCACCAAGGAAGGGGAGGCCGAGCGCAGGCAGUGGGGAGAGUAUAUGCAAUAACGGAGGCUGAAGCUGCCAGUUCAGCGGAGAGUGAAAUGCAGUUCAACCUGGUGGUGUCAACCCCAGCGGCUGGUGAGGUUAGGACGUCUACAGUAUGCGUCAGAUGUCCUAUAGAGGUUGAAGGGCGUAGGUAUAAGGUGAAUCUCAUAUGUCUGCCUCUGAAAGAUUUGGAGGUGAUUUUAGGCAUGGAUUGGCUAGCCAUCAAUCGCAUUUUAAUAGAUUUUGGUGAGAAGAAGUUAGUUUUUCCUGAUGAAGAAGAAGAAGAGUUAACGGUGACGCUCGGUCAACUGAAGGAAGACAUUAUGGAAGGCGCCAGCUGUUUUCUGAUAAUGACGCACGAAGACCAAGAGAUUGGAGAAUUAAGACGUGAACGAUCGUCCAAUAGCGAGCUCAGUGGAGGACAGUCGGUUGUGGACGAAUUCCCGGACGUUUUUCCGGAUGAAAUACCUGGACUUCCCCCUCCUCGCGAAGUCGAGUUCACCAUUGAUUUAGUGACGACCGCAGGGCCCAUUUCGAUUGCACCGUAUAGAAUGGCACCGGCAGAAUUGACUGAACUCAAGAAGCAGAUUGAAGACUUGAUGGAUAAGAAGUUCAUCAGGCCGAGUGCAUCACCCUGGGGAGCGCCUGUUCUUUUGGUGAAGAAGAAGGAUGGCAGCUCUCGUCUUUGCAUUGACUACAAACAACUGAACAAGCUGACCAUCAAGAAUAAGUAUCCCCUGCCUCGGAUUGAUGACCUACUGGAUGAGCUGCACGGUGCGAGCGUAGUUUCGAAGAUUGAUUUGCAUUCGGGGUACCAUCAAAUUCGGGUGAAGGAAGGAGACGUUCAGAAGACAGCCUUCCGGUCUCGUUAUGGACACUACGAAUAUGUAGUGAUGCCGUUCGGUGUAACGAACGCGCCAACAAUCUUUAUGGACUACAUGAACCGUAUCUUCAGGCCAUAUCUGGACAAGUUCGUGGUGGUGUUCAUUGACGACAUCCUCGUCUACUCCAAAAGCUAUGCAGAGCAUGAAGAACACUUGAGGACAGUACUGAGCGUUUUGAGGGAAAAGGAAUUGUAUGCCAAACUGUCCAAGUGUGAAUUUUGGAUGAAGGAAGUUCAGUUUUUGGGGCACGUCGUCUCUGCUGGAGGUAUCUCAGUAGAUCCGGCCAAGGUGCGAGCGGUACUGGAUUGGGAGAGUCCGCGUUCGGUCACGGAGGUUAGAAGUUUUGUGGGACUCGCGGGCUACUAUAGACGUUUGAUAGAAGGUUUUUCUAAGAUAGUAGCACCGUUAAUACAGCUGACCCGGAAAGAUCACCCGUUCGCUUGGACCGAUCGGUGUGAAUCCAGCUUUCAAGAGCUGAAGCAGAAGUUGACGAGCGCUCCAGUCUUGGUUAUUCCGGACACGGCCAAACCAUUCGAAGUCUACUGCGAUGCGUCUCAUCAAGGUUUGGGCUGCGUUCUUAUGCAAGAGAAGAAGGCGGUGGCGUACGCUUCUCGGCAGCUGAAGAUACACGAGAAGAACUACCCGACGCACGACUUGGAGUUGGCAGCAGUCGUUUUUGCGCUGAAGAUUUGGAGGCAUUACCUGUAUGGAUCUACGUUCCAAGUUUUCAGUGAUCACAAGAGUCUCAAAAAGGCUAAUGCAGUGGCGGACGCCUUCAGCAGAAAAGCAGUUCAUGUCUCGGUUAUGAUGGUAAGAGAACUCAGUCUGGUUGAGAGUUUUAGAGAUCUAAGGUUGCAGUUCGACUUAGAACCGAACAGUAUCAGAUGCUGUAACCUUAGAGUAUCCAGCAAUAUAUUCGACAAAAUUCGAGAGAAGCAAUCGGCGGACGAAGAUCUAGUAAAGAUUUUGAGCGCGCUCAGUACAGAUCAAGCCAAGUAUUUCAAUACUAGAGCGGACGGUCUUCUUCGAUACAGAGAUAGGACGGUUUUGGCAAUGAGAUCGUUCGUCUGCAUGGAGUGCCGUCCAGUAUCAUCUCUGACCGAGACACAAGGUUCACUUCACGGUUUUGGCAAUCACUACAAAGCGAGCUCGGUAGCAAAUUGCAAAUGA